AUGAGUGCUGAGGAAGUUUCAUAUUUACUGGACCAAGGAACAACGAAAACAUAUCAAAUUCCCAUUGAUCAUCUAGACUACAAAUACAUUGAAAAAUGCACCAAUGUAAAAUAUUUGGAAAAGAUUCUCAGGAUAUUACGGUCUGGUGAGGAAGGCUAUUAUCCUGAUCUGACAUUAUUUUGUGAAAAACGCAUUGAAUCUUUGGCUCCAAACAGCAGAGCUCUACGGAAAGCGAAACCAGCAGCUACAGCUUCUGAUUUUACAACUGAGGAAUGGGAACAAAUAAAUGAUGAAAUGAGGAACUGGAUUACAGAAAUGAAAGAAGAGGAAUAUAAAAUGCGAUAUACUACAACUGAAGUAUUCAGAGAGAACCUGGAAAACAUGCCACCAGUUCGUCUUUCAGAUAGCUGUGGGCCUAUUAGCCAGGGCAAAGCUUCAGAAAGGAGAAAAAUGAAGAAGAAUAUACCAAGGGACUACAGCGAGUGGGACAAGUUUGAUGUGGAGGAGGAGUGCUCCAAAAUUGAUGCAUGCCGUGAAGAACAGAAGUCUGAAGCCAGCUGUGGUGUUAACAGAUGCUUACCAAAAAUUGACAUAGACACAACAGGUAUGACCAGAAAAGAAAAGAAUUUUAUUGCUAAUCGUGAAAAAGAGAAAGGCAAUGAAGCAUUUGUCACAGGAGACUAUAAAGAAGCAGUUGCCUACUACAUCCGGAGCAUAUCCGCCUGCCCCAGUGUGGCUGCCUACAAUAACAAAGCUCAGGCAGAAAUAAAACUUCAGAAUUGGCAAGCUGCCCUUCAGGACUGUGAGACCGUACUAAAAAUGGACCCUGGUAAUAUAAAAGCUCUUAUGCGCCGUGCCACAGUAUACAAGAAUCUACAGAAUUACAGUGCAGCUGCAGAAGAUUUGCAAAAAGUAUUACAUACUGAGCCCGAAAAUGCUACAGCAAAGAAAAAUCUCUCAGAUAUUGAGAAGACUCUGAAAGAACCCAUAUCUCAGAAACAGAUCAAAGGAAAAAGAAUACUUAUACAAGACAUAGAAGAAUCAGAAGGUGUUGAUGAACAAGGAGAAAAUGCUGUAGACCAUGAAAAUGGAAGUGGAGAUCGAAAAAUUGCUGUGCCAUUGGGAGGACAGGUCACAAGUGAGAAGACUGAAAUGGGGAAUGCGCAAAAGAAGUUCCCCAGCAAAGGAGAUGGCUGUAAAUCGGAAUUCAAGGAAGCACAGAAAAACAGAGAUCCUUCUGAAACGAGCACUAGAAAGGGCACACCGGAACAAAGGACGCCUAAAGUUUUGCGUGAUCGUGGGGGUGAAGUAAAUGGCUAUCUAAGCAGUGGUAAAAAUAAUAGCGAAAACAGUAAUGCUGUACCAAAGGAUGUAGAAUCUUCCUCAGCAGGAGAAAGGAGCUCCUCUCUGCUACCUCCUACUGCAGCUGCAUUGAAAGCUGAAGGAAAUGCGUUGUUUAAGAAUGGGCAGUUUGGAGAGGCUAUUCUCAAGUAUUCAGAGGCAAUUGAAAAUGUCAGCGAUUCAGGAAUCCAGAGUCCAGAGGAUAUAAGUAUUUUGUAUUCAAAUAGAGCAGCAUGUUACCUAAAAGAAGGCAACUGUGUUGACUGCAUUCAGGACUGUAACAGAGCACUGGACCUUCAUCCGUAUUCUCUCAAACCCCUUCUGCGUCGAGCAAUGGCCUACGAGUCCCUGGAACGAUACAGGCAGGCAUAUGUGGAUUACAAGACAUUAUUGCAAAUAGAUAGUGGGAUCCAGGCAGCAAAUGACAGUGUUAACAGGAUAACAAGAACGUUAAUAGACCAAGAUGGUCCAAGUUGGAGAGAGAAGCUAUCCCCGAUACCAGUUGUUCCUGUUUCUGCUCAGUUACACCAGUGGGAUGGAGGAAACUUUGUUUCACAGACAAAACAAAACAAAAUGGCACCCAGGCAUGAAGAUCAAAAACCACAGAUUUCUAGUGAAAAGGUAGAAGAGAUGUUCAAAACUCUUAAGAAUAAAGGGAAUGAAUUUGUGAAGAAGGGUAGAUACGAAGAAGCAUUGACAAAGUACAAUGAGUGUAUGGAAUUAAAUUCUAAGGAAUGUACCGUCUACACUAACAGAGCCCUCUGUUACUUGAAGCUGUCUCGAUAUGAAGAGGCCAGAAAGGACUGUGAUUAUGUUCUCCGCAUGGAUGACUCCAACAUAAAAGCUUUGUAUAGGAGAGCUCUGGCAUACAAAGGACUACAGAACUACAAAGCUAGUAUUGAUGAUCUGAAUAAAGUUCUUCUAAAAGAUCAAAAUAUUGAUGAAGCAAAGAAGGAGCUACAGGAAACAACCCAGUUGCUUAAAUUGAAAGGUGAAGGUACAGACAACAAUCAGCAAAAGCAAAGGAAAAAAAUCGAAAUCCAAGAGGUGAAUGAGUGUGAAGAAGAGGAAACCCAGACCUGUGCUUCAGAGAACACUGCAGUUAACAACCACAGGUCAAAGGGAGAGCUUGAAAUGACAAUGCCACCGAAAACCCCAGAAAAGCUGAUAAUUUCUACGCCGUCAAAUGCCUAUGAGUUUGGCCAGAUGAUAAAUGCUGCGAAUGCUAAUAAGGACAUCACUGCCUGUGCAGAGCUCUUGACAGCUAUUGAACCAAAAGAUUUGCCAAUGCUGCUGAGCAACAAACUCGAAGGAGACAAUUUCCUAUUAUUUAUCCAAGCUCUGCAAUCUGAUGCAUUUUGCCAAGACCCUGGGCUGAUUUAUCAGCACCUCCUUUACCUGAGCAAAGCUGAAAGGUUUAAGCUGGUGCUGAAACUUCUUAGUAAGAAUGCAGUGGAGCAGGUUCAGCAGCUGUUUGAAUCUCUUUCCAAAGAGCAAAAUGAACAAUUUUCUUUACACGAUCUGGAAAGCCUUAAAAGAAACUUUGAACUUUAAAGCAACUUCAUUUUGGAACUGCCUCUUGCAUGCAUUCCUUUGAUGCCUGUAGGAUGGGCAUAUAAACUAUGCAGAUCUGCAUGGGGUAAAAUAAAUU